AUGGAGGUUUGCCCCUCCUCCUCAGCGCUGGGACGGCGGACGCGGCAUGCCGCCGAGGGCCGGGGCCGGCGGGCCAAGCAGCGAAGCCAGACAGAGAGGGGCCAAAGCGCAGCCGGGCCGGGGCCGGGGCUCUACGGGGGCUACCGGGUCGGGGCGCCGGGGCGAGGCGGGGGCCGAUGGCGGCGGGAGGCGGCCCCGCGCCUGUCUUCCUUGGCCUUCAGCGAGUCCAGCCGGCCGGGGGCGCUGGGGGGUGGGGGCGCCGGGGCCGGGCUAAGGGUCAGGCUGGCGGCGGCCAGGAUGCUCUGCGCGCCGCCCCGCGCGCUCGGGGGGCUCCCUCUCCCCGCGCGCCCCUUGGAGGCCGGGCCGACCCCGACCCCGCCGGGACCCACGGGAACACGUGUGCUCUGGGCCCGGCCGGGGUCGGGGGCGCUGGGGGGUGGGGGGCGCGCUCUGCCGUCGAGGGAGCUUCUGUGCUACUUGGAAGGUUCGGAUGUGUUCGGAGGACACCUCGGCAGAGCGGCGGAGAGGACGGUGACUGGACAUCCACACACAGUGUGGCCCUUGGGCGGGCGAGAAGAGCCUGCAGUCUCUCCCGGCCUGGAGGGUGCCGCGGGGCGGGCGCGUUGUGCUGAUUCGGGCCUCCCUCUGCCGCGGGUCGGGGGCUCUGGUGUAACUUUAAGGCUCUUCCCUGAUGGCACCGAGGCGAGGAACUUCGUCUCCUUCCUGCCCUGA